AGCAAGCAUCAAAUCCAAUCAAACCAUCACUCAAUCAGCAUCUUUAUAGUGAUUUAAAGAACAAAUCGUUAAACUGUCGAAUUCAACAAUGAAGUCUUACGCUACCAUCGUUCUUGUAUCGUGCCUAAUCGCUGCCGCAAGCUGUGCCCCACAGUUCGGGUUCGGAUCGUCCGGAGCAGGAGCCAAUGCCGCAUCGCAAGGAAUGGGAAUGGGAGGAGGAUUCCCUGGUAUGGGCGGCGGAAUGAGUUCCUCGAACGCGAACGCUGGUGCUCAAGGUGUCGGAAUGGGCGGCGGAUUUCCCGGAAUGGGUGGCGGCAUGGGAGCUUCGUCUGCCAAUGCUGGUGCUGCUUCUCAAGGUGUCGGAAUGGGUGGAUUCCCCGGCAUGGGAGGUGGCAUGAGUGCAUCGAACGCAAACGCUGGAGCACAAGGCAUGGGAAUGGGAGGAUUCGGUGGAUUCGGCGCAUAAACUAGGUGUGAAGAUCGUAACAGAGAUCUAUGUAAAUCUAGUCAGAAAUGUUGUUCAUACCGUUAAGGGACAGAUAAACACUAUACACAAAUUAAA